GGAAGCGGGAAGCGGCUUUCCUUCCUGGCACCAGCUGUCUCUGAGCAUCUCUCUUGUUAGUCCGAAUCAGCAGCGGUGCAAUCACUUAUAGGGCUAACAAUGCAACGAGGGAGCUUUAUCAGUGCUCAGGCAGGAAAAUGGUCGAAAGAGAGAGAGGGCGAAGCCAGUUCUGGUCUGCAGUUUGUAACAGCAGCAGCAACAGCGCUGUGGAAUUUUUCAGCGCAAGUCCUGCACGGGUGUGUUCAGAAACAAGGCCCAUCGCGCUAAGUAGGGCUUACUCCCAGGUUCAUCUUGAAAGAGAUGAAUUGAAACGCUUGGUAUCUGAAGCUAAAGAGAGACUGCAAGAUGCUAGUGAUGAUGAUGAACAGGAAGAGGCUUCAGGGGGCACCAUGGAUGUUGCUGAUGCUGAGGCAACUAGCUCAGCUCCCAACGAUGAGGACCAUGAAGAAAAUGAAAAGCUGGAUGACGAUGAACUGGCAGAAUAUGACCUGGAUAAUUAUGAUGAGGAAGAUGAAGGCACUGAGAGUCUUGGAAAGACCCUAGCAGGUCUCACAGUGUAUGGAAGCAAUGAAAAUGAUCCUUAUGUCACUCUUAAAGAUACAGAGCAAUAUGAGCACGAAGACUUCAUGAUUAAGCCCAGUGACAACUUUGUCGUGUGUGGCAGAGUUGAUAAGGACCACUGCAGUCUAGAAGUUCAUGUUUAUAACCAUGAAGAGGAUUCAUUUUACGUCCAUCAUGAUAUCCUCUUAUCAGCAUAUCCUUUGAGUGCGGAAUGGCUGAACUUUGAUCCUAACCCAGAGGAUUCUGCAGGGAAUUAUGUUGCCGUGGGCACAAUGAGUCCUGUUAUUGAAGUGUGGGACCUUGACGUAGUGGAUAGUUUAGAGCCAGUCUUUUCCCUCGGAAGCAAGAAAGCAAAAACAAAGAAGAAGAAAGGGAGGAAGAACGCUUCUAAAGAAGACCAUCAAGAAGGGCAUACUGAUGCAGUGCUCGACCUUUCAUGGAAUAAACAACUCAGAUCUGUGUUGGCAAGUGCGUCAGCUGACCACUCUGUUAUUCUUUGGGAUAUGUCGAGGGGCACACCAGCAGCAACGCUUUCUCUUCACACAGACAAGGUGCAGACGCUGCAGUUUCAUCCUUUUGAAACACAGACUCUCGUCUCUGGUUCUUACGACAAAUCAGCAAUUUUGUAUGACUGCAGAAGUCCACAGGAUAACCAUCGAACCUGGCGGUUCAGUGGGCAGGUUGAAAGAGUGACUUGGAAUCAUUUCUCCCCUCACCACUUCUUGGCCAGCACAGAAGAUGGAUUUGUAUACUGUCUGGAUGCUCGUUCACAUAAACCAGUAUUUACAAUGAAAGCUCAUAACGAAGAAGUAUCUGGACUACAGUUAAGCAGCCAGAUUAAAGGAUGUCUUGUGACAGCAUCUGCAGACAAAUAUGUGAAAAUUUGGGACAUACUGGGAGAUAAACCUAGUUUGGUUCAUUCCAGGGACAUGAAAAUGGGUGUCCUCUUCUGUGCAGCAUCUUGCCCAGACUUACCAUUUGUUUAUGCCUUUGGAGGAGAGAGACAAGGAUUACGUGUUUGGGACAUAAGCACAAUUUCUGCAGUGAAUGAAGUGUUUGGAAACCGACAGAGGCUGGUAGUUGCCACAUCAAGUUCUGAAGCAAAUAAUUCUGCUAGUGGCUGCAGCAGUGAUCCAGAUGCUGUAAUGGAACCAUGAUCUGUCUACAGGUGUCACUCCUUACAGAGUGUAUCAAUUCCUCUUCCUCUGAAGAAUCAUCCUCGUCAUCUUCCUGGGCUGAGAGACUGGAGGUUGGUCCUUUACAGAUUUUUAGGUGACGAGUGAGAUGAUAUUUUGU